CCCACCCACCCCCGCUUCCAUGAUGGACAGCCGCAUCCUGGAGCACCCCCAUGCCCAGUUCGGCGGCAUGGUGGGCUUCCCCUACCCCAUCGGCCACCACCACGUCUACGAGCUGGCCGGCCACCAGCUCCAGGCCGCCGCCGCCGCUGCCGCCGCCUCGGUGCCCUUCUCCAUCGACGGAUUACUCAACGGCUCCUGCGCCGCCUCGGUAGUCAACCCGACCCCGCUCCUCCCCUCGGCCUGCGGAGACAGCCAGCCCUUCAAGCUCGCCGACUCCGGGGACCCGGACAAGGAAAGCCCCGGGUGCAAAAGACGCCGAACGCGGACCAAUUUCACCGGCUGGCAGCUGGAAGAGCUGGAGAAGGCCUUUAACGAGAGCCACUACCCGGACGUCUUCAUGCGCGAGGCGCUGGCGCUGCGCCUCGACCUGGUGGAAUCCAGAGUGCAGGUCUGGUUCCAAAACCGACGGGCCAAAUGGCGCAAGAAAGAGAACACCAAGAAGGGGCCCGGCCGGCCGGCGCACAACUCGCACCCCACCACGUGCAGCGGGGAGCCCAUGGACCCCGAGGAGAUCGCCCGCAAGGAGCUGGAGAAGAUGGCCAAGAAGAAGCGCAAGCACGAGAAGAAGCUGCUCAAGAGCCAGGCGCGCAACCUCCACUCGCCCAGCGGCCUCUCCGUCAACAGCAGCACGCAGAGCUCCGACAGCGACGGCGGAGGGGGGGGCCUGUCCCCGGACCCGCCCGACGGCUGCAAGCCCCCGCUGCCCGGCAGCUGCGACCUCACCGCCCCGGCCUUCUAUCCGGCCAACCGGGGUGGCAGCGGGGGCUGCAGCGCCAGCUGCUCCGCCAAGGAGGCCUCUGCGUCGGGCUCGGAGUGUGCGGCGCCCCCUUCCUCGACGGCGCGGGGCCCCGGCUUCCCCAAGCUCAACCCCUUCAGCGUGGAGAGCCUCCUGUCGGACUCUCCCCCGCGCCGGAAAGCGCCGCUGGAUUUCCCGCCGGCCUUGGCCCCGUGCGCCCCGACGGCGCGCACUCUCUUGGGCAAAGGCCACUUCCUCCUCUACCCCAUCACCCAGCCGCUGGGCUUCAUCGUGCCGCAGACGGCUCUCAAGAGCCCCCCGGGCCAGGAGCCCCCCCAGCGGGGCUCCCCGCUGCCCGCCGCCAACCCCAGCCCGGACCCGGCGCCCCCCAAGAGCAGCACCACCGCCGCCAUCUCCGCCGCGCCCGGCCCCGAGCUCCUGGGCGCCAGGAAGGGACCCCCGCCGCCGCCCGCCCCCUCGCCCCCUUCGUGUGGCGGCUCUUCCUCGCAGGCGGACAGCAUCGGCGGCCCCCCCGCGGCGCAACCAAAGUCCCCCCUUCUCCUCCUCCCCCCGGCGAAAGACGCUUGCCCAGCCAGAGACAAUUCGGAUUGUCGCGCCGAGCCCGGCUGUCCGCCGGAGACCAGCAAUUUAGACUGUGAAGAAGUGGAUAUGGAGUAG